UGUGUGUAUUGUUUGGAUCAUCACCGAAUCUCUUCUCUUCUUGCUAAAGCAACACACUUUGAUAGCUUGUUAGCUUUGAAGACAAUCCAUGGCCCCACAAUACUAAUCUCUCUCUCUCUCUCUCUCUCUCUCUCUCUCUCUAUCUAACUUUCUCUCUCCUCACUCACUCAUCAGUUAAGUUCUGAGCUUCAAAAACCACAACUUUGCCUCAUAACGUCACUCACAUUCACAUCUUCCACCUCUUAAAACAUCAAAGGUUGAGUGUGUGAGUGUGUGUGUGGUGAUGAAACUUCUCAUAAUAGAGUGAAAAGGAAUCAGAAAGAGAAAACAAGAAAAUGGUUGGAACUCAGAUUAAUGGAAGAAGACUCUCUUUUGGAGUUGUAAAUGGUGGACAUGAUCUUGGACCUAGUAGUACUCCACCAAGUAAUGCUGGGUCUGAUUAUGGAAGCUUUAUAGAGUUCACAAGAGAAGAUGUGGAAACUUUGCUAAAUGAGAAAUCCAAAAGGAAAGAUAGAUUUAAUUACAAGGAAAGAUGUGAAAAUAUGAUAGAUUAUAUAAAAAGGCUUAAGGUUUGCAUAAGAUGGUUCCAAGACCUUGAACUGAGCUACUCAUUAGAGCAAGAGAAGUUAAAGAGUUCAUUGGAAUUAUCCCAGCAGAAAUGCAUGGAAAUCGAGUUGCUGCUCAAAAUCAAGGAAGAAGAGCUGAAUUCAAUUAUCACAGAAAUGAGAAGGAGUUGCACUAAUUUGCAAGAGAAAUUAGUGAAGGAAGAAACUGAUAAAUCGGCUGCAAUGGAAUCUCUUAUUAAAGAGAGAGAGGCUAGGCUUGACUUUGAAAGGUCACAAACUACACUAUCUGAAGAUCUCGGUCGAGCUCAACGUGAGCUUCAAACUGCUAAUCAGAAGAUAGCGUCACUCAACGACAUGUACAAGCGAUUACAAGAGUAUAUAACAAGCUUGCAGCAGUACAAUGGAAAACUUCAUUCUGAGCUUUCUUCAGUUGAAGGUGAACUCAAGCGUGUAGAGAAAGAGAAAGCGACCGUAGUGGAAAAUCUCACCAUGUUAAAGGGCCAACUUACUUUGUCUAUGGCUUCUCAAGAAGAAGCUACAAAACAGAAGGAAGCUUUUUCUAGCGAAGUUGCGUCCCUUAGAGUAGAGUUGCAACAAGUGAGGGAGGACCGAGACCGCCAAAUAUCUCAAGUGCAAACUUUAAGUACUGAAAUAGUGAAGUUUAAAGAUUCUACAGAGAAAUCUGGCUCUGAAUUGAACAACUUGACCAUGAAAACAAAUGAAUUGGAGGCAAAAUGUACUUUGCAAGAUAAUCAGGUGAAGGAAUUACAAGAGAAGCUAACAAUUGCGGAAAACAAACUCGAGGUUUGUGAUAUAUCUGCAAUUGAGACGAGAACAGAAUUCGAAGGACAACAAAAACUUGUAAAUGAGUUACAAAGACGAUUGGCAGAUGCGGAAUACAAACUUAUAGAAGGGGAGAAGCUGAGGAAAGAAUUACAUAACACCAUUUUGGAACUGAAAGGUAACAUCCGGGUGUUCUGUCGAGUGCGGCCUUUGUUACCUGAUGAAGGUUGCAGCACAGAAGGAAAGAUUAUAUCUUAUCCUACCUCCAUGGAAGCUUCGGGACGCGGCAUUGAAUUGGCACAAAAUGGCCAAAAACAUUCUUUUACAUUUGAUAGAGUUUUUGCACCUGAUGCUUCACAACAAGAAGUUUUUACAGAAAUUUCACAGCUUGUGCAAAGUGCUCUUGAUGGUUACAAGGUUUGUAUUUUUGCAUAUGGUCAGACAGGUUCCGGAAAAACCUAUACAAUGAUGGGCAGGCCCGGACAUCCCGGAGAAAAAGGCUUGAUACCUCGUUCGCUAGAACAAAUAUUUCAAACACGGCAGUCACAGCAACCGCAAGGAUGGAAAUAUGAAAUGCAGGUGUCAAUGUUGGAAAUAUACAACGAAACCAUUCGGGAUUUGUUGUCUACAAAUAAGUCCUCAUCAGACGCAACUCGUGUAGAAAAUGGUACACCUGGGAAGCAAUACACGAUCAAACACGAUGCCAAUGGAAACACACAUGUUUCUGAUCUUACAGUGGUGGACGUUCAAAGUGUAAAAGAGGUCGCGUUUCUUUUAAAUCAAGCGGCAAACAGCAGAUCUGUGGGGAAAACUCAGAUGAAUGAACAAUCUUCAAGAAGCCAUUUCGUAUUCACACUUCGAAUAUACGGUGUAAAUGAGAGCACUGACCAACAAGUACAAGGCAUUCUAAAUCUCAUUGAUCUUGCCGGGAGCGAGCGUCUUUCAAGGAGUGGCUCAACCGGGGACCGAUUGAAAGAAACUCAAGCAAUAAAUAAAAGUUUGUCAUCAUUAAGUGAUGUUAUAUUUGCCUUGGCCAAGAAGGAAGAUCAUAUUCCAUUCAGGAACUCAAAGCUUACAUACCUACUUCAGCCUUGUCUAGGUGGAGACUCAAAAACAUUAAUGUUUGUAAACAUCUCUCCUGACCAAGCUUCAGCCGGAGAAUCACUCUGCUCGCUCCGGUUCGCUUCAAGAGUCAAUGCUUGUGAAAUUGGGACACCUCGGCGUCAAACCAAUGGUCGCCCUACAGAAUCUCGCCUGAGCUAUUUCUAA